AAAAAAGAGAAGGUACUAUGUCUAAAGACAACAAUGUUAUUACUGUGUUUAUCUGCAAUUAUCAAUGAAAUGAAAUCAUUAUUAUUGAUCUGUUGAUUAGAUUUGUAGUGCUAUUGAGCCCUGCAUGUGCAGAAUGAAACCAAUGGCUGUGUUAGGUCGUCUACUUUACAUUGAUACCUUGAUCUUCAUCCAGCUGUAGAGUGAGUUGAGGGCAGCCUGUGAAAAUCCCUCAUUCCGUAGUUAAUCACAGUUUUUUUUACUAUAGUUAUUAUGUAUUCGUUCAUCUGUAUGUUUGUUUAUUUGUUUAUCUAUUUAUUCAUCAACUUUCAAAUCAAUUAAGCUGAUCAUGUAUUCAUUUUGACACUAGCAGUAAUUUAUAUGUCUCAGUCUUUGAGAGUGUCUGCCUUAAAGGCAUCAAGAGGCACAAAUAUCCUCCUGUUUGGGGGUGUCUCAAGGGUGGAACAACACAAAAAGGGAACCCCACCACAAUAAGAGUAUAUUUUACCAAUAGCCAUUGAUUACUUGAAUGAAGUUAUGAGAAAAGUCAGUAAGUGAGAGGCAUACAAAGAAAGUAAUAUGCAAUGUGCUAUGUAGCAUACUGUACGUAUAUACACAAGAGAGAGAAAAUCAUGGAGGGCCUUCAGCUCCACACAGCACAAAGACAUCCUCUGAGAGCUCUACAUCGCCACCUACAGGCCAACAUGGAAAAGACACACAUGAGCAACACAAGCGUGACUGACCCAAGGACAAGCAGCUUUCUUGAUAGAAGAAUUCUUAUUUCCAUAAAGCUUCAUGGUCAAUUGUGUCAAAGUGAAAUUGGAAUGACAAUUAAACUGUAUGUUCAGUGUUCAUCAUGAGGAAAACUGUGUGGACUCCCCGGUAAAAUAAUUUGUUAUUUUAAAUGUAUGUAAAUGUAUAAUUAAUUUGUUAACACAAGUGCUAGUCUUGUAAAAAAAAUAAACCACAAGCUGUUUUGUGCCAGCCACCACUUCCGGUCUAUGAAAAACAGACUGUUUCUGCAAGUAGCUGACAAGCAUCUACCCAGUACAGCAGGCAGUGAUGUAAACAACCUCUUCUCACAAAGUGAAAAUGGGACUCUAUUUCUCGAAGCCAUUACUUCAGCAUGAUCCAAUGAUGAAUCCUCCUGGCUGGUGUGAAAUCAACUGGACGGAAAUUCAAAACCUUAAAAUGAAGGAGAAUUUGAAGAAACUGAAACCUGCUGUUGAUCAUCUCCGCAUCCUUGUGAUUGGUCCUUUUGGGGCUGGAAAGUCCAGCUUCAUCCAGUCCAUAAAGAACAUCCUCAUGAACAGGAUCAGUAACUCAGCUUGUGCAGUUGCAGCUGCUGGCACAUGCUUAACUAAGGAAUAUAAAACCUACCAAUUCAAAGAUGUGCGUGGAAGUGAUCUGCCAUUUGUCAUCAGUGAUGUCAUGGGCCUGGGGAAGGAUUUGGGAGUGCAUCCUAGAGACAUCGUCAGUGCUCUGAAAGGUCAUAUUAAGGAGGGGUACAAGUUUAAACCUACACAGCCAUGCUUCGAGAAUGACGAAGGAUACAACAGCUGCCCAACUGUGAAUGACAAAGUUCACUGCUUGGUGUUCGUCAUUCCAAUAGACACCUUCACAGCUAACACCAGCAAUGAAGAUGAGAAGACACACAGCCUCUUGGACAAGGACCUCAUUAAGACGAUGCAGGACAUCCGAUACAAAGCUUGUGAUUUGGGGAUCCCUCAUGUGAUCAUCUUGACAAAGGUGGACCGGGCUUGUCCUCAUGUGAAGAACGAUAUCAAACAUAUCUACAGGAGCAAGAUCAUCCAUCAAAAGGCUCAAGCAUGUAGCGAAGUCUGCGGAAUUCCCAUGAGUGACGUCUUCUUAGUGAAGAACUACCAUGAGGAGAAACAGCUCAACCCUGAUAUGGAUGCAGUGCUGCUGUUCACACUGACACAGAUCCUGAACUACGCCAACGACUUUGUGGAGAACAUUAAGGAGUCUUCAUCACCUCUAGCAGAUCCAGCAACUCUGUUGAUGGAAACCGGCUGGCGUAACAUAAACUGGGGAAAAAACGAUGAGAUGAAGAAGAAUUUGAAGAAAAUUCAACCCAAGAAUCCUGCUGUUGAUCAUCUCAGGAUUCUUGUGAUUGGCCCUAUCGGAGCAGGAAAGUCCAGCUUCAUCCAGUCUAUAAAGGGCAUCUUCUUGGACAGGAUGAUCAAUACCGCUAGCACAGUGGCAGCUGGUGGCAAAAACUUAACUCACACUUUCACAACCAACCUAUUCGAAGAUGAGCAUGGAAGCAUUCAGCCAUUUGUCAUCAGUGAUGUCAUGGGUCUGGGCAAGGAUUUCGGAGUGCAGCCUGGUGACAUCAGCAACACCUUAAAUGGUCACAUCAAAGAGGGCUACACGUUUCAUCCUGUAAAGCAAUGCUCUGAAAAAGACAGGAUACAACAGCUCCCCAACUCUAAACGAGAAAGUUCACUGCUUGGUGUUCACCAUUCCAAUAGACACCUUCACCAAAAAUGGCCGUUUGGACAAUGACCUCAUCAGGAUGAUGCAAAACAUUCGUGAAAAAGCUUGUUCUUUAGAGAUCCCUCUCGUGGUCAUCUUGACCAAAGUGGACGAGGCUUGUCCUCAUGUGAAGGAGGACAUCAAACAUAUCUACAGGAGCAAGACCAUCUAUCAACAGGUUCGAGCAUGUAGCCAAGACUUGGGAAUUUCCAUGAACAACAUCUUCCCAGUGAAGAACUACCAUGAGGAGAAGGAUCUUAACCCUGAUAUGGAUGCAGUGCUGCUGUUCACACUGAAAUGCAUCCUGAACUAUGCCAACGACUUUGUGGAGGAGAUGAAGGAGUCUGAAGAUGCUGGAGAUCACAGUGAAGGCACUGAAACCAACUCACUUGUGGAGAAGAUGAAGGAGUCUGAAGGUGCUGUGGAUCACAGUGAAGGCACUGAAACCUCUAACUCACUUGUGGAGAAGAUGAAGGAGUCUGAAGCUGAUGGGGAUCACCAUGACACGUCUCCUGAAGAUGCUAUAGGUUGCAGGAGGAGGAGGAGUGAGGAAUUGAACCUUAGCAUUAGCUUUGAAUGGAGGGAGCCGAGUGAGUCUCAAGCUGAUGGGGAUGACAGCAUGGACAGCAUGAAAUGGGGCACUUACUUUGCAGAUUGGGAUAAAAAAAACAAUGACCCUGCCGUUCACACAGACACAGAUCGUGACCUACCCCAAUGACUUUGUGGAGAACAUCAAGGAGCCUGAAGGUUCUAGGGAUCACAGUGAAGGCACUGAAACCUUUUACUCACUGAUGUAGAUUUUGGACCUAGUACAUUUUACAAAACUAUGCUCUGCUGUACGUUGUGAAAACAACAGUGCAGAGCAAGAACCUUCUGAUUUUUAAAGGUCUAUCACGUCUGGUGUAGCUAGUUCCAUUGGUUAUAUUGGAAACUAAUGUGCAUGCCGCUAUCACGUCUGGUGUAGCUGCUUCCAUUGGUUAUAGUGGAAGCUAAUGUGCGUGCCGCUAUCACAUCUGGUGUAGCUAGUUCCAUUGGUUAUAUUGGAAACUAAUGUGCAUGCCGCUAUCACGUCUGGUGUAGCUGCUUCCAUUGGUUAUAGUGGAAGCUAAUGUGCGUGCUGCUAUCACAUCUGGUGUAGCUAGUUCCAUUGGUUAUAGUGGAAGCUAAUGUGCGUGCCGCUAUCACGUCUGGUGUAGCUAAUUCCAUUGGUUAUAGUGGAAGCUAAUGUGUGUGCCGCAAUCACGUCUGGUGUAGCUAAUUCCAUUGGUUAUAGUGGAAGCUAAUGUGCGUGCCGCUAUCACGUCUGGUGUAGCUAAUUCCAUUGGUUAUAGUGGAGGCUAAUGUGUGUGCCGCAAUCACGUCUGGUGUAGCUGCAUUGGUUAUAGUGGAAGCUAAUUUACGGGCCGCUAUCACGUCUGGUGUAGCUGCUUCCAUUGGUUAUAGUGAAAGCUAAGUACGUGCAGCUUCAGUUAUACGCCUGGUGUGGCUCGCCUUUCAUAAUGAUGCAAACGUAGUCACUUACCCUAAUGCUUUCAUGUGCUACCUUUUUCUUUUGGAACUGCAUAAUGAAUUACUUUACUGUAAUCCAUACUAUUGUACCAAAUAUAUAAUGUAAACUGACAUCUUAUUUUCCCAUCUUUCAUUAUAUUCAUUUAUUUACCGUUCAGUUCUACUGGUGAUAACCAUGCUAUAAACUGUACUGAUCUUAUCAGUAUCCUGAGGUGUAGAAAUAAACUCAACUCAACAACCUCA